AUGGAGGCAUCCCCAAGUGACUCCGUCAUGAAGAUGGACGACUCCAAGGAGCAGAAGCAGAAUGAGGACUGGGCUCUGGAGGAGACCCAACCCAAGAAACGAUCGGGCAUUCUGAACGUGGUCAUCGCGGGUCUGGCUCUCUUCAGCGACGGUUACAACGCUCAGAUCAUCGGUUACAUGGAGCCACUCUUCUCCGUCCUGUACAAGGAUGGCAUGUCUUCUACCAUCAAGGCCCGUCUGUCCAACUCGUAUCUGAUUGGCGAGAUCUUUGGCAUGCUCUUCUUUGGUGUCCUGAUUGAUCGGAUUGGUCGUCGCACCGGCGUGAUCACGGCCACUGCCUUCUUGGUCCUGGGUGUAGUGUUGGCUACCGCCGCACACGGCAAUACUCAACUCGGAAUGUUCUGGAUGAUGAUCGUUGCUCGUGGUAUUGCAGGCUUCGGUGCUGGAGGUGAAUACCCGGUUUGCGCCACCAGUGCGACAGAGGCUGCGGAUGAGACGGCGCAACUACGCCAGCGGAGAGGUUUCCUUGUCGCGGUAACCACUGACUUUGCGGUGGAUCUGGGGUUCGUUGCCGCCGGUUUGGUCGCUUUGAUUGUGCUGGCCUGCUAUCACCAGCAGAACUCGGAGGGUGUGUGGAGGGUCAGCUUUGGCCUGGGCUUUAUUCUACCUGUGGCCGUUUGCUUCUUCCGCGUUCGUAUGAUCAAUUCCACUCAGUACCGCAAGCACGCGAUCAAGUCGAAUUAUCCCUACUGGCUGGUACUCCGCCGUUAUUGGAAGCCAAUGCUUGGUACUUCUCUGGCUUGGUUCUGCUACGAUUUUGUGACUUAUCCAUUCGGUCUGUUCUCCUCAACUAUCGUUGAACAGUUGAAUCCCAACAACACAACUGUUCAAAACAUUGGAUACGGAACCGUCAUCAACUCCUUCUACCUCCCUGGAUGUCUUCUUGGUGGCUGGCUGAUGGACCGAAUUGGUCGCAAACAGACCAUGACUCUCGGGUUCAUGCUCUGGGCCAUUUGGGGAUUCAUUCUGGGUGGUGCCCUGCAUCCUAUCCAGAGCGUCUUCCCCUUGUUUGUGGUCAUGUAUGGCAUCUUCCAAGCGCUUGGAGAGAUGGGUCCUGGAGUUGCGACUUUCCUGUGCGCUGCGGAGUCAUUCCCUACCCCGCUCCGUGGUCACUUCUUGGGAUUUGCAGCGGCAGUGGGCAAGGCCGGAGCUUCGAUCGGAACCCAAGUUUUCACGCCGAUUCAAAACUCAUUCGAGUCGACUGAGAAGGGUCAACAAGCCGUUUUCCUCAUCGGAGCUGCCUUCACUGUCGUCGGUGGUUUGAUCGCCUGGUUUUUGAUCCCCGAUAUGUCCCGAGAACUGGAGACGGAGGAUGCUCGCUUCAAGGCAUACCUCCAGGAGAAUGGAUACGACUUUGACCUCUAUGGUGAAGCGUUGGUCGUCAAUCGCGUCAGCUGA